UAAUUAAUAUAUUUAAAUAGUAAAUAAUAAUGAAUUUAUUGUAUGCUACAUUAUUAGUGGAUAAUUUAUUCAAAAAUGUUUGCUCAAAUAUUAACUGUGAUUGUUGUUUUAAAUAUAUUAAAACAACAACAUGUAGUUAACAGUGCUGAAUGGAGUUAUUCAAAGAAUUGUGUAAUUUUACUAUAUGAAACAUGUGAUAAUAGCCAAUAUAUUGAAUAUCAUUUUAUAUCAACAAAUAAUAUAUAUGAUCAACCAAUUAAACUUGACCCAAACAAUGUAAUAUUACCAAAAACAUACAAUGUAACGGGACCAACCAAAGUUUUAAUACAUGGUUAUGGUGGUACAAGGGAUCAAUCAUUUCCUGAAAUAUUAAAAGCGUAUACAGAUGUACCUGAUCUAAAUAUAAUUAUAGUUAAUUGGCAAAGAAUAUCAGAAGUUCCUUGUUAUGUCGGUGCAUUAAUUAAUACAUGGCAUGUAGGCCAAUGUACGGCGACCCUAUUAACCAGUUUAUUAGCAUAUUCUGGACAAUCACCUGAACAAUUGCAUUUAGUUGGAUUUUCAUUAGGUGCUCAUGUUGCUGGAAUUACAGGAACAUUGUAUACGAAAGCCACCAAUCAAAAAUUUGCACGAAUAACAGGUUUGGAUCCAGCAUUACCCUUGUAUGCAACAUUGAGCUUUGUACGUGAAUGGAUUUUAGAUGUCGGUGAUGCCCAUUUUGUAGAUAUCAUUCAUACAAACGCAGGUGUUUUUGGGAAAAUUGAAAAUACUGGUGAUGUUGAUUUUUACGUCAAUGGUGGCAGCGCUCAGCCCAUGUGUUCGAACCAAUCUAGUCCAAGAUUGUGUAGCCAUUUUAUGGCUCCAGUAUAUUUUUCGGAGUCAAUUUCAUCAAAUGUUGGAUUUUAUGGAAAAUCGUGUCCUAGCUAUUAUACCAUUUUAUUCGGUCAAUGUAAUUAUGAUGGAAAUAAUGAGCUUACACCUAUAAAAAAUAGUCGAAUUAUGGGUGAACAUUGUGAUACUAGAUCGCGUGGAAUUUAUUAUGUGAAGACAGCAUAUCAAUCUCCAUACGCUUUAGGACCUUACGAAUAAGUUAGUAUGAUACACAUUUUAAGUUUUAAUUUAUAUUAGAACGUGGGACAUAAAUUUUGUUUUGUUAAAUGAUUAAUAUACAUGUUUGAAACUUCGUGAAUGGCUUCCUUUUGUCGAUUCUACCAAACUUCUCUCUACGACUUUUUUCGAGCUACUGCGUUUUCAAAUGAGCAUGAUAAUGGCAUAUUUAAGCUAUCAUCUGAAAGAGCACGGCAUGAAUAUAGUAGACACUAUGACACCACUUGAUAACAUUAAUAAUUAUUAAACAAUUCAGCAAAAGUGAUCCAUGUAUGUAUUAAAAACAAAAGUACUUAAGUAUAGCAUGUUCGAGGUGGUAGAUAAGGUUAUCGGUGGAGUAUUUUUAUCGGGCACAAUAUUUUAUUGUUUAAUAAUUAUUAAUGUGUUUAAUUAUUAAUGUGGUCAUACCGUCUCAAAAAUUCCUUACUGCAUUUUUUUCAGACCGAAUGCUUAAGUAUGACGUUAUGAUUCUCAUUUGAAAACACGUUCGAAAAAAGUGGCAGAGAGAAGUUUCAAGUAUGUAUUAUUGGGCCGUAAAGUAACUGAAAAUAAGCGAUUUUAUGAAUUUAUUCAAAGGUAAAAAAAGGGAAGGUUUUGGCAUCCAGUUUAAGACCCAUCUAAGGCGCAAUCUCAGAAGUGCUAGGGUUGCGUUAAUUAACUCUUUGUAUACAUAAAAAAAAAACUAUUUUUGGCCAAUAUCUCGAAAACCAUCAACUUCAUGAAAAAUAGUUUCAAACAAAAAUUGUCGGAAAUUUUUUUCACUUUAAAAAAUAUUAAAUAAAAAAUUUUGAUAUCUUCAGCCAUUUUCUCGAGAAUCAGGAAAAACGGCCAAAUAAAUAUUUUUAUGCU